AUGGUUGUUGAUUAUGUAAGCAAGUGGGUGGAAGCGGUAGCUUUACCCACUAAUGAUGCUAAGGUGGUUAUAAAAUUUCUAAAGAAAAACAUUUUGACCAGAUAUGGGACCCCUCGCUGUCUCAUCAGCGAUGGUGGGAAACAUUUCAUUAACCGCCAACUUGAGAGAUUGUUGGAAAAAUAUGGAGUUAGACACAAGGUUGCAACCCUAUCUCAUACACAGACCAGUGGUCUCAUUGAAGUCUCUAACCGAGAGGUUAAGAGGAUUUUGGAGAAGGUAGUCAACCCUUCUCGGAGAUACUUGUCUCUCAAGUUAGAUGAAGCAUUAUGGGCUUACAGAACUGCAUACAGAACACCCUUGGGAUGUUCCCCAUAUAGAUUAAUAUUUGGCAAAGCAUGCCACAUUCCCCUCGAACUAGAACGCAAAGCGUACUGGGCAGUUUAUGCUCUCAACAUGGAUGAGAAGGCAGCAGGAGAAAAGAGACUGCUACAACUUGAAGAGUUAGAAGAAUUCAGAGGGAACACAUAUGAGAAUCACGAAUUAUACAAAGAAAAGAUGAAAAAGUGGCACGAUAAAAGGAUCAGGAACAGAGAUCUAAAAAUUGGCCAAAAAGUGUUACUCUUCAAUUCCAGACUCAGACUGUUCCCAGGAAAACUCAAAUCAAGAUGGACUGAGCCAUACAAAAUUAUAAAUGAUGCAGGAAAUGGAGCUUUUGAGAUUCAAGGAUCUGAACAUGGCCGUUCUUUCAAAGUUAAUAGGCACAGGUUGAAGCUAUACACUGAUGAAACCUUCAAUGAAAAAAAAGAGAGUAACCCUAUUUCUGAGCCCAACUGA